AUGGAGUCUUUGAAAGUAUUUGACGAUUUUAAAUUCAGUGAUCUCAGCGAAGACUGGAUUCAAUCCGUUUGGGAUACAGAAUUUAUGAUUUACAAUGAACCACCUGAUGAGUACCUCAUGUUCUUAGAAAGUGAAGAUAUGAGACUGCUUUUACAUGAGUCCUACAUUGUUAUAAAGACUUGGCUAACUGAAGAUAAAGAGCGGUAUGAUUCUGAACAGUGUUCAGAGACCUCUUGGAAUACGUUGAUCAUUAUGGAUAUAAAGGUGCGUGCUUUAUUAGCUGUAUUGGGUUACAUAAUAAGAAACGGUCAAGGUAAAGAAGCUGAUGAGGACUCCAGACAAUCUUGUCUUCAUGCAACUAAUUUAUAUUUCAUACUUCUGGCUAUUCCUGGUAGUAGUGCUUUUAGUGUAUUUCAUCCGAACUUAUAUCAACGUGCUAUUGAAACAUUUAAAAUAUAUUCUGAGCAAUUACAGCCUGUCAGCAAGAAACGUAAUAAAACAGUGAAUCUUGACGAUUUCCAUAUUACAGAAGAGUCAGUGAAUGACAAUAAGAUUCUUUCCCCUAAUGAAAAAGAAACUUUGAUAAAAAAUUUAAAUAUCAUUGUAUGUAGCCUAAUUACAAUGAUAAGAUCAUUCUGGUUCAAGGAUCAUUUGCAAUCAUUAGAUGUUACUGUUGAUGGAUUAUUAGAACUUACAAGAGUAGAAACUGAUUGCAUGGAGUCUCAUUGUUCUGGGAGGCAAAAAGGUACUUUAGAAGUAUCAUUAAUAAAAAACUCUUAUGCAGCUUUAGAAGAACUAUGUGAUAGCAAACAUGGGUCUGUUAAAGUUACUAUAACAGUCAUAGCAAAGUAUAUAUUACCUCGUCUGUUGUGUAGUCCCAUAGACACACAAAUAAAACUUAUCACAAGUAUACGUGAAUGUACUAUACAUUUUUUGAAGGUUUUGUUACAUAAACAUGAAAAAGAUGCUAAAGUUGCUAUUAUUACAUUAAUACAACAUUUGAUGUUGAAUUGUCCAGAUAGGCUUGAAGCACGUCAAAAGCAAGCUGGUGUAUUAACAAAGCUUUUUGGAAUAUGUAAUCAGAAUAUCAUACUGGAAGCCUUUAGAAAUGUAAUACUAUUGUCACAUCACAACAAGAUAUCCUAUAGGGUAUUUGCUCAAGAAAUAAUUGGAAAAAUAUUGAUUGAAUCAUUUUUAAUGGAUUGCAAUAUAAUCGAUAGCCUGAAAGUUAAAACCAAAAGAGUAUUACUUGCUGUUGUACUAAGCAGAUGCAUGGAUUGUUCAAGUAUGGUGAGAGGAAAAGCUAUGGCUAUAAUUGCAGAGUUCACAGAAUUUAACAAUGAGAUGGAUAAAGUAAUAUUUAAAACGAUGUUCGAAGGAUCUGAACUAGAUAAAAAGUUUCUCACAUCUGAAGAUUUAAAAGAAGCUUUUUUCGAAAACACUGACCUGUUGCCAGGCUCAAAUAUUUUAUUAUCUAUGCUGACGGAACGAAUAGAGGACGAAAGAGCAAUGAUAAGAAGAAGCGCAUUGCAAAUUUUUAAAAACUUGGUCCUAAUGUUUCCAACAAUGAUGAAUGAAGUGAUACCAGUAAUUAGUCGCCGGUGUAGAGAUCCAACUCUAACUGUACGUCGAUACGCCGUACAGGUUUUGUCGCAGCUUCUACAAGAGUUCCCAGAUAAUUCUCAACUUUUGGAUGAAUGGGUACAAACUGUUAUGCCACAAAUAUUCGAUAUUGAAAUUAAAGUACAAGAAAAGGUGCUGGAUUAUUUAGGCGAGUUAUUACUAAAUAAGAUAAUAGUUUUUUCUAAGAGCACUAACGACGCAGCUAGUAAUUUACCUUGGAAAAUUUUAAAUACAUUAACUAACUUGAAAAUGCGACGGCAUUUAUCAAAAGCUUGUAAUUUAUGGGUAAAGAAUGGUACUAUUACUAAUGCCAUAGUAAAGAUUAUACAGUCUCACAUCGGGACAAGCAAUAACAUAGGAGCUUGGAUUUUCCUAACAGCAUUGGCUGAAAAUACCCAGCUUCCAAAUAUGAGCAAAUACAUCUCAAAUUAUAAGGAAAUUUUUGCAGAAAACAAUUUCCAUACUAGUUUAGUUCUGCAAGUUUUAAAGUAUUCUUGGAAGGCCUUGGAUAAUGAAGUCUUAGAAUGCCUUCAUGUUUACUUGUAUAAAUGUUUACAAGAAUUUAAAAUCAAUUUUGGUUUGAUCAGUACUUGCAUGGACAUUAUACACAAUAUAGUACAUCUUUUAAACCCCGAUGAAAGUAGCAUUUUACUGGAGUCCCAUGCACUGGAUUUAAUAAAACUGUCUGAGGCAGAAAUCACAAAAAUUUUUAAGAAUGAGAACCAAGCUAUAGAAGCAUCACCCAACUAUUUAAAAGCUAUGUUUACUUUAGGAUACGCUACGCUUUUAUGUAGUUGUAAAAUUUCACCGUUGACAUUACGAAUUCUGCAAGGAAUACUAUUAGAAUGGGAAGCACUACCAGAAUCGAUAAAAGAAAUACAGGAGCUACACGCGUCAGCAGUGGUCAUUCUUGGUCAACAAGCGAUGAGGGAUCGCGAGAUUGCGAAAGAAGUAGUUCCAAUACUUGGUAAAUUAAUGAGACAGGAAACAAAUUUAAGUUCAGUUUUUCAAAUUGCUGUAAAAAUUAAUACGGCAAAAGCUUUAGCUGAUAUUUGUAUCAGAUUCACUGCAUUGGUUGAACCUUACUUAUCAGAUAUGUGUGUUAGUAUGAAAGACUCAAGUCCACAAGUCAGAGAGUCUAUCAUGGUAAUAUUUAUUCAGCUGCUUCUUGAGGACUACAUAAAAAUCAAGGGACCGUUUUUCUUUCACAUACUGACCAUGUUGUCCGACUCGGACAAUAUGAUACGCGAAUUGACAAUCUUUCUCAUAGAAGAAAGACUUCUGGCAAAGAACAAAACUUUAAUAUCACAACAGUUUUUACAAAGUAUAUACCAUUAUAAUAAUUAUCAGUCUCGGCACAGAAUCUAUGAUCAAAGAAUGCGUGAAAAAGAAAGAAAUGCGUUGACACUUCCUGGAAAAAGAAAUGAAGAUAAGCGAAGAACUAUAUACGACUUCAUGCUGGAUCAUUUAGAUCCUCCAGGAAAGAUUAAGUUACUUGUAAAAAUCACUAGUCAAAUACUCGGUGGAACCUGCGUUGAUUCAAUCGAUGUUAAGAAAGAGGAAGGAGCAUAUGUUUUAAAGGAUGCAUUGUAUGUUAUUAGUAAUGAACGUUUGAGACCAUCAUCUCUUAACAAACAAGGUGAUGAUGAUCAACAGGAGUCUGAGGAAUCUGUGGCUCAACCCAUCACACCUGUUGCUAGUGCAAUAACUAUUAUUACUGAAGGCAUGAAAAAGCAUGGCUUAGAAGUUCUGUUGCCUGUAUUAGUAAAGCUGAAGAAAAAAUUAUCAGUUUUAAAGUCUCCAUUGGAGAACGAUGUCAAGAGACUUUUGGUUAAAACUUAUUUUGAAUAUAACAAAGAUCAAUUAUCUAACAUAUUAAGUGAAUACCCAAACUUAGAGAAGGAAGUGGAGCAAUUCAAGAAACAAAUGGGAGAAAUUAAUUGCGAUGACGAGAAUUCCAGUGAAGAAGGAAACCGUUCACCAUCCGAAACAAAUAUCCGGACUAGAACUACUAUUAUGUCGGAUAUAAGAACUUCUGACAUAUAUCCUACAGUUCUGCUGGAACGUGUUUCGAUUGCUCAACUAUCAAAUUCGACGAGUACAUCACCCAGUCUCAAUCCUUUGCUUUCAGCAACUAAUACUGAAGAUUGGCACCCUAUAACAUCAACGCCGAUUUUGCGACCGUUUUCACCUUCGGUGCCUGGUCCUAGUACGAGUACACCAAAAACAUCCAGAUGCUUUGAGUUUGAAUUUAAUGAUUCGAUUGAUCAUGUUUCAAAGGCUAGGAAACUGGAUAUGCAACGUAGAAUGAUAGAAAGGAAUAUUUCUCAAAUUCCGUCUGACAGUGAGUCUGAUUAG